AUGCAGGGUCUCACGCCGCCCGAACGGUCGACGAGUCCGCCGCGUAGGCGCAGGGCUUGCAUCCCAUGCACCAAUGCCAAGGCGCGCUGUAAUUUCACCGACAUCAACGGCGGCGCUGACGAUGUCAACUGUGAAAGAUGUGAGAGAAUCGGAAUAAGGUGUACAGCAAAAACCACUAAAAGCUUGCGAAAGCCGCGACUCGUAAAACCGCUCAACAACCGGGUCGCAUCUCUAGAAGACCGCCUGGAUGCUUUGACAACAGCCAUUGAGGCGCAGAAUUCCCUUACCUCGCGCAGCUUGGCUAUGAGCGGCUCGUCCAGUCCCGCGCAAACGCCCAGCAGCCAAGCGCAUAUACAGAGCCCUGUGCUUCCUUCAAUAUCAUCACCUGCGAGCUCUACAACAACAUCAAAAGCAUCGCCGGCACCUCCGCGUCAGAGCUCGACUAGCUGGCCAUCCACGCAGCCCCCACCGCCGCUGGGCCUCACCUGGCCGCAGGCAGAGAGGAUCUUGGCUAUUUACCGCGACACUUGUCUCUAUAAUUUUCCCUUUGUGUGGAUUCCGGGGGACUUGACGGCCCAGGAGUUGUGCGAGUCCAAGCCGUGUCUAUUUCGGGCAGUCAUGCUCUCCUCGGCCCCAUUACCAGUGGCGAGAUUAAAAAAGAUGAAGCGCAACGUGAUUGCAUACAUUAGCCAGCAUAUGCUUGUCGAAGAGGAGCGAAGUCUUGAUGUCCUGCAAGGAUUGCUAAUUGUCAUUGCUUGGGCGGAUUUGCAGAGUUUAUACGACCAGCAGAUUACGAACCUCACAUAUCUGGCAACAGGCUACGCACAUAAUCUUGGGAUCACCAAAAUUCCACGCGAACUUCUCAAGCAGAUCGGGAUGGAUAAUGCCCCAGACGAUGUGAGAGCGACAAAAGACAUCAACGUUCCAAAGGCGCCAUCGUCGGAUGAAAUGCGAGCGUUUCUUGGUGUCUAUUACCUACUAUCCAUAAAUUCGGGUCAAUUCGGCCGCAACACGACUAUGCGCUGCCAAUACGUCGACUUUUGCGCUGACGCCCUCGCCCAGGCCGGCGAGUACCCUUCCGACUUUCUCCUCCAGCAAGUCGUGCGCCUGAUGCAGAUCGAAGAUCGCAUCUCCGAGUUCUUCGGCUCAGCCAACGACACCGCGCGAGGGCGCCCCUAUCUCUUCCUCGUCGACGAGAACGUCACGACGCUGCGUGCCGACCUCGACACCAUCCUCGAGUCCCUCACCUACGCAGAGCUGACCAAGCGCCUCCCGCACUGCUCCCCCGACCAGAUCGACCACUUUGCGCGCUACUUUGACCUCACGCGGCAGUACCUCCUCGUCCGGCUGUACGAGCCCGCGACCUACCUCGGCGACCUGCCCGAGACGGGCGCCGCAGACCCCGCGGGGCAGCGCCACUACCGGGCCACCGCCCUGCGCAACUGCCUCAUGGCCGCCAACGCCUUCUUCGAGACAGUGACCAACGUGCCGGCCACCAGCGCCCGCUUCCAGGCCCUCGCCGCGCCCGGCCAGACGGGCUUCGUCAUGGUGAUUUGCUCGCGGCUGUUGGUAGUGGACGCGCCCGACUGGGACACCGCGGCGGCGCGGCGCAUGCUCGACUUCUCGGGCUUCCUGACCAAGAUCGUCGGUCGCCUGCAGGUGGCCGAGCAGCGCCGGAGGGUCAACGUGGAGCACUUUGUGCGCGAGACGCGCGUGGUCGGCGUCACGCAGGAGGAGAUGGACGAGCCGGGCCGCUACGCGGGCACGUCGCAAAAGACAUCCUUUAUCAAGGCGUGGUACGAGAACCGCCUGCGACAGAUUGACGAGGCGCUGGCGGCAGGGACCCGGGCGGCGCCGUCAUACUCGGAGCCGAUGUACAUGGACGAAGCGCUUCUGGGUCGUCCAUGGCACCGCCUUGCGGGCAGUGCCGGGCCACGCUGGUUCGUGGGACUUUUGGAGGGCUCAGCGUGGAAUUUUGACGAUGUGCAGAUGAACAACACAAGCCAAUGA